CAAUUCCGCAAGAAAGGUUGAUCUUUGCAAAACAGGCCCUUCAGCAGCGGGAAGCAAGAUUAGCAGUACUUCGAACUUUACCAACACCAUCUCAAAAAGACGCGAGGCAAACGCGUUCCGAACGUAAAAUUCCUGAUCCACGAUUAGAAUUUCAAAAAGAAUCUACACCCAAGUCUCCGACUCCUCCACCGGUUGUAGAAGAAGAAAUUUCUUUUGAUCCUCUAGAAUCUUCUAACAUUAGCGAGAUGAUGAAAGCAGAAGUAAAAUAUGAAAUAUCAAUUCCCGAAUUUAUUGAUGACAUGGAAAUUGAAGAGGUUCUUGAGGAAGAGGCUAAACAAGAUCAAAAAAUGGAAAUAGUCAAACACGAAUUGAAAAUAGAGACGCCAACCUUCAAAUUUCAACCAUAUGUUCUUCCACCACCUGAAACUUUACCGGAAGAACAAUGCCUGUCAUUUAUUAAAACCACACUCGGAAAUAUUCUGGAAAUCGAGUCGAAAUUAUCAUCCGAAGCAAAGGGAAAUCGCUCGAAUGUUGUUCUUACUACUUUAUCCAAUGGUCAAAGAAUGACCAAAGCACAAUUGCAUGUGAUGGCAGUAAGGUUGCUGACAAGAGGUCUUGAAUUUUCUGAUGAUACCACUGAAAAAAUUAAUGACAAAUUAAGGGAAAUGAUUCUGCAAUAUAUUCUGGAAGAUUUUAAAAAUAGAAUGGAGUUUGCGCUAACGUGGCUCGAUGAAGAAUGGUUCCAUGAUUCCAUUAAACUUCGGGAAGACCCAACACACAAAUCUAAUUAUGUGAAUUGGCUUAGUCGAUUACUGGAUAGAAUAAUGCCAGCACUCGAAGAUCGAACUUAUACACAAUUUCUAUUAGACAUCCCAGAAUUGGUUGAAGAUGUGGUGGAUCGCAUUAAAAUAUUUUGCAAUGAUCCGGAUAGGUUUGAUGAAAAAGAAAUUCUCUUCAGUUCAUGCGAGUUAAUUGAUUUGCGACCACCUGCAAGAUCAUUUUGUAUGAAGAUUUUGUUAGCUUAUUGUCUACAUAAAGACGACAAUACUCGGGCAUCAGCAAUCAUCGCCGCAAAUAAAUGGUACCCAAAUCACCCAGAGCUAAGUCAAGAAAUCGAGUCGUUUGCAUUGGAAUCUCUCAAACAAUUAUGCGACGAAAAUCUCCCACCUUUGUUUGAUUAUCAUUAUCAUGUCAGCGGAACCGUUGACACAAGGAUAAUUGUAGAAGAUAAUUCCGAAACAAGGAAGUGGAAUCAGCAGGAUGUUGAUCGCUACAUAAAUUUAUUUUUUUCAUUAUGUGCAAAGAAAAAUGAAUUAUUUCGAGAGUAUGGUUUUGUUGUUGCUUACGAUCUGACUAAUUUUACGCGGUCGACGAUCGAAUCUAAACAUUCUUCACUAUUGUUAAGGUUGAUAUCCGUGUACAUACAGACAUCCGAACCAAUGCAAGUUAUGAUUCGAAAGAACGCACAAAAAAUAAUUGAUACAAUUGGUUUGCCUGGAUUGCUACAACUCUUCCGCACCUUUCCUAACGGAGCUGAAGAUUUAGUAUUAAAGAUGCUAGUAGUGUUUACCAACAAAGCAGGCCCACCACCGGCCCAAUUAAUUAAUAUUUCCAAAACUGUAAUUACACAAAGGAAUCUGGAUGGUCGAUUCCUUUUCCCUAUAAUUUCCUAUUUUGAAAAGGAUGAAAUAUUCCGAUAUCUUCCCAAAGUGAUCACUACGCUUGACGCGACGGAUAAGCAACGCGAUAUUGUCAAAAAGGUUUUUCUAAAAAUAUUGACUCCUCCAACGGGUGGUGUUGCGCAGAUAACACCCAGGGAAUUAUUGAUUUAUUUACAUCAGAUAGAUAAGAACGAAGUAUCAAUAAAACAAUCAGUUGAAGCCAUCCACAUAUGCUUCUUGUUGCCAAAUAUAUUUAAUCAACAAAUUUUGGGAGCGGUAUUACAACAUUUAUCUGAUCAAUCCGAGUUGCCAACAACAUUUAUGAGAACAGUUACUUUGAGUGUUAGAGCACAUCAUACUUUGGCUGGAUUCGUUAAUGACAUGUUAAUAAGGAAGGUUACCGACGUGUGGAAAAACGAGACUCAAAUUCAAGAUAUCUUGAAGCAACGGGACCCAGCAUUACUAAAGGCCUUAAAAAGAAGUAUGGAAAAUUUAAAGCCCGAUCAAAGAAGCCGGGUACCUCAAUAUUUAUUGGAACUGUUGGAAAUCGGAGCCUGA